CUCUCCAGGUUUCAUUUCGAUCGGUCCUCCGAGAUGAAGCGGUGGUGCGCGUGUGUCUUGUGGCUGGCGUUGGCGAGUCUCGCCUCUCCGAUGGCCGUCUCGGACGACGGCGAGAAGCUGGAGCAGGCGAAGAGGAGAGGCAAGGAGAUCCUGACGAAGACGUGGCACGACGUCGUCGAUCUCGUCCGAGAAUCCGACCUUCGCCUCCCCGACGUCCUCAAAGAACUCAGAUCCACCUCGGCAGCCGUCGUGGGGCGAGCGAUGGAGGGGACGGGAAGCAAAGGAGCGAACCUGGGAAUCGGCUUGGGGACGAUGGCCGCCGGUCUGGCCGGUCUGGGAUUCGGAGGCUCCACCGUCGCACGGACCGUCAGGGACCUCUAUCAGGAGAUCCAGUGGAAGGAAGGGUUCAAGAUGCUGGGCAGCGAGGAGUUGCUGGAGAGAACUUUCGACUGGAUGAACGUGGCGGACGAGGAUUGCAAGAAGAGGUUCGUCUGCGAGGUGGAGCAGUUCGCUGCCGAAGGAUCGACCUUCUGGAACGUGAUCCUCCGAUUCCUCAGCAAGAAACAUCCAUCUUUCAAUUCCUACUGGGACGCUGUGGAAAACGGGUUGGAUAACCGAGACUGCGGAGAGAUCUACUUCCGCUGUCCCGUCUCUUCACCAGACAUGUUAGCCGAGGUCCCUCUCGAUCGGUUCGGGAUCAACACUAAACUUCUGCGUGCCAUUCCAUGGGGCCUCAUCCUUCCCGGACCCGAAGCCAACUCUCUCGAGUAAAAUCCAACGAGGUCAACCGAGAACAUCAAUUCACUUGUGAUAGUCCCUAGAUUCCCGUUUCUUUUCCGGUUAAUUUCGAUCUCAGGCGGACGAACGACUUCUCUUUUUCAUUCUUCCCAUAAGUUAUUGAAAGUACCCAUCCCACCAUCCCUCUCUCCUUCUAAAACAGUAUUCGCUCAUCAUGUUGCUGUUGACCUAUUAAUUUAUUGGUGGAUUUUAUUACCGUGUUGGAAAUUUGUUUGUUUCCUCCCCCC